AUGGUUUCCGUGUCCGGACCCAUAUCCACGGGGACCCAUAUCCUAGCGGGACGCCCUUCUGGAUCGCAGGGCCCGCGGCAGAAUGGUGACGCGGAGAGCGAGAAGGACCCCAAGGCGGCGGAACGCGCCAGAAUACGGCACGAGUCGGAUCUUUACGUUAGGCCCAGCUGGACGGACGCCGCGAUAGCGUUGGAUCAGCUCGAGAAGGGGAAGGCGGACGGCCAGAGGUCAGCGGUGUGGUUCAGGGCGCGACUGCAGGAUCAGCUGAGCCAGUUGGGCUACUUCCUGCAGAGGCAUGCCGGAAAGGUGCUGUUCGUGGCCGUCCUCGCGCUGGCGAUCCUCUGCGUCGCCCUCAAGUCCGCGCAAGUCAACAGCAAGGUCGAGCAGCUGUGGGUGCAGGAAGGUGGAAGGUUACAAAAGGAGCUCACCUACGCGUCGGAGGUGCUCGGCGAGGCAUCCGCUUCGACGCAUCAGCUCAUCAUCCAGACGCCGAGGCAUUCCGGGGCGAAUAUCCUGCACCCGGCCGCGCUCAGGGAACACUUGGCGGUGCUGGAGGCUGCGAUGAAUGUGGAGGUGCACCUGUUCGAUAUCACGUGGAAGCUGAAGGACUUGUGUUACGCGCCGAGCAUACCCAACUUCGACAUGCACUACAUCGACCAGAUCUUUGACAGUAUUAUUCCUUGCGCCAUCAUCACACCACUCGACUGUUUUUGGGAGGGUAGUAAACUCUUGGGUCCGGAAUUUCCUGUUCACAUACCUGGUGUGAAGAGCAACAAGCGCGUCAAAUGGACGAAUCUGAAUCCCUCCACAUUGUUGGACGAGAUAAAGACCCUGCUGAUCUCGUUUCCCUUCAAAACACUCGAGGAUUACAUGAAGAGGGCCGGGAUAACGAACGGCUAUCAGAGCAAGCCCUGCCUGAAUCCGGCGGAUCCCGAAUGCCCGGAAACCGCACCUAACAAACAGUCCCAAAAGGUACCUGACGUAGGAGCCGAGCUAACAGGUGGCUGCUAUGGAUUCGCGGCGAAAUACAUGCACUGGCCGGAGGAGCUGGUGGUCGGCGGCGCCAAGCACAACAAGACGGGCCACUUGACUCGCGCGGCCGCGCUGCAGACUGUGGUGCAGCUGAUGGGCGAGCGCGAGCUGUACGAUUUCCUGGCGAACACCUACAGGGUCCAUCAUAUCGAUUGGUCGCAGGAGAAGGCGGCUAAGGUUCUUGAGGAUUGGCAGAGAGUGUUCAGCAACGAGGUGAAGAAGUUGGUGGAGGGCAACGGGUCGGCGCCGUACAAUCUGUACGCUUUCAGUACGACAACCAUGAAUGACAUCCUCGGGAAGUACAGCGAGGUGUCCGUCACGAAGAUCACGAUCGGUUGCGUGCUUAUGUUGUUGUAUGCCGGUAUAGUUCUCUUUCGUUGGAAAGAUCCGGUGCGUUCGCAGUCCGGGGUAGGAAUGGCUGGCGUGAUGCUGAUUUGCGCCACAGUAGCCGCAGGAUUAGGUUUCUGCGCGCUCCUGGGGAUCCCGUUCAAUGCCACCACGACGCAGAUAGUGCCGUUUCUCGCCCUCGGUCUGGGCGUGCACGACAUGUUCCUGCUGACGCAUACGUAUGCCGAGCUGUCGGUAAACGAAGUGCCCAGCAGCGAGCAAACGGGGGUCGUUCUCAAGCGAACCGGUCUGUCGGUGCUGCUGACAGGCCUCACCAACGUUAUCGCCUUCUUCGCCGCGUCGAUAAUCCCGAUCCCGGCCCUCCGAACGUUCUGCAUGCAAGCCGGCAUUGUGCUGCUGUUCAAUCUGGCCGCCAUGCUGCUGAUAUUCCCCGCGAUGGUCAGCCUAGAUCUGCGACGUAGGCGUUCCGGCAGGAAGGAUAUCCUCUGCUGCUGCUUACCGGCGUCACCCAAUCUCGGGAAGAACAGGUACUCCGUGAAGAACAACGGCACGGUCAAGCAAAUGGUUACCAGGGCGAUACCACCUGAGAGACGAGAAACCUGCACGCAGAUCUUAACACCGCAGAAUACGCAGAACGAAUCCUGGAUAGGUGGAAAUAUCAUCGACGCGGAGCUGGAGAAGCAGUGUACCGAGGAAGACACGUUGACCGGAUGUUCGCAGGACGAUUGUCUGAGCUUCUCCCUGACGCAGCUCGCGUCACGGAAUUACGCACCCUUCAUCAGUCGACCGGCUACCAAAGCGUUCGGCAUGAUAAUCCUGAUCGCCGUGCUGAGCGGUAGCAUAUGGGAGGCGGUAUCCCUACGUGACGGCCUGGAUCUGACUGAUCUGGUGCCGCAGAACUCGAACGAGCACGCAUUCCUGUCCGCCCAGGCGAAGUAUUUCGGCUUCUACAACAUGUACGCGGUCACCGGCCGAGAUUUCGAAUACCCCAAUAAUCAACGACUGUUAUACGAGUAUCAUGACGCCUUUAUGCGGAUCAAGAACGUCAUCAAGAACGACAACGGCGGCCUGCCCGAGUUCUGGCUCGGCCUGUUCCGCGACUGGCUAAAGGGCCUGCAGACGGCGUUCGACAAGGACUUCAAAAACGGCUGCAUCACGCAGGAGAGAUGGUUUCCGAACGCGAGCGACGACGCGAUUUUGGCGUACAAGUUACUCGUGCAGACCGGUCACGUGGACAAUCCGAUCGACAAGACGCUGAUCACUCAGGUGAAACUGGUCGACAGGGAUGGUAUCAUCAAUCCACGCGCUUUCUACAACUACUUGAGCGCAUGGGCGUCCAACGACGCGCUUGCCUACGGUGCUUCGCAGGCGAAUCUGAGGCCCGAACCGCGCCAGUGGAUCUACAUUAGCGACCACGAGCUCAAGAUCCCCAAGAGCAUGCCGCUCACGUACGCGCAGAUGCCGUUUUACUUGCACAGGCUCACGAAUACGCAAGAUAUCACGGAGCUGAUCGGCAGCGUCCGGGAGCUGUGCAAAAAAUUUGAGGAACGCGGUUUGCCGAAUUUCCCGUCCGGCAUAUUGUUCCUCUUCUGGGAACAGUAUAUGAAUCUGAGGAGUUCGAUGGGUAUCGCCCUCCUGGCCGCGUUGGGUGUGAGCAUCUUAAUAGUCGGUCUCCUGCUACUCAAUAUAUGGGCCGCCGUACUGGUCGGCGUUUCCCUUCUCGGUGUUAUCGCGCAAUUACUAGGCAUUAUGAGCCUGCUCAAUAUCAAGUUAAGCGCGGUGCCUGCCGUACUGCUAGUGGUUAGCGUGGGCAUAGCUGUUCAUUUCACGGUGCACAUCUGCCUGAGUUUUGUUACCAGUGUGGGCAGCAGAGAUCGCAGGAUGCGCUUAGCUCUGGAACACAUGUUCGCUCCGGUUGUCCACAGCGCGUUCACCACUCUGCUCGCCGUGGCGAUGCUCGCCUUCUCGGAGUUCAACUUCAUAGUCAAUUAUUUUUUCCUCGUGUUACUCUGCGUGAUCGGCAUCAGUCUUGUGAACGGCGUCUUCUUUUUCCCCAUUCUGCUGUCGCUCAUCGGCCCGAAGGCGGAGGUGAUCCCGAACGAUCAUCCGGAUCGCAUAUCCACGCCGACGCCGCCGGCGUCGCCCGUUGUGAGGAGAUCCAAGCCGCCCACGCCGCCGAGGAGGUCUCACAAAAUCGACAAUGCCCGGCUGCAUGCCGAACCGUCGCUCACGACUAUCAGCGAGGAGCCCAAUUCGUGGCACAGUACGCAGGACGCGCAGUCCUGCAUCAUCGUCCAGCCGGAGCUCAAAGUGGAGACCACGUCCACGUGUGGCAAUCAGAACUGUAGCGGAUCGGACUCGAGUGGGUCUAGUCGAACGUCGCCGGUUCCGCCCACAUCACACAUCACCACUAAGGUCACCGCAACGGCGAACAUCAAGGUCGAAGUUCACACACCGCUAACUGGUGGAAUGGAUCGUAGUGAAAAAUGCCGGCACUCGAGCAGCAAUAAUCGAAGGAGCUCGCGCUGCAGUGCGAACGUUAAUGCUACGGAGUCUUCCGGUUCCGGUUCUGAGCCAGAUUCAGACUCUAACCCAAAACAUUAAUAACAAGUACCGGGGGGACCGGCAGCUACUGCUCAAGUACCACGCAAAGCGGGAAAACACAGAAGGCUGACUAGGAUAGAUUAAUAGAUUUUCCACAUUAUCUUCUAUUUUCCUCCUCCUUCCCCACCCGUCCUUACUUAGCUCCCUGUUUUUCCGUUCCACACUUCUUUCUUCCUCAAGUGAGUAAUGCAACAAUUAAUUGUUUUUACUCAGACUUUAAAGAUAGAAGUAUUACAACAAAUCGCAACUUUAUAAUAUAUAUAUAUAUAUAUAUGAAUAUUUUCAUAAACAAUUUUGUUGCAUGUUUACUACUUUAUAUUUUUACAACGAAUUUUUUUUUAAAUUUUAAAUAGUUUUUUUUUGUAAGAACUUUACCUCUGUAAGAACUGACGUGUAUUUACUUAAUUGGGAUUCGUUAUCAGCAUCGGACUAUAUACAUUUUAUGCGUAUAUUAAUGAAUUAAUACAACGUUUUAAGUGAAUUGUUCAAGUUUUUAAUUUUAAAAAUUUUGACCGAAAAUGAUGUAAAAGAAAGAAGAAAACAGGAUGCUAUUCGAAUAUUUUAACAGCGUAUCGAAUGAGUAAUAGUAUUACCAAGGACAAUAACGUACAACUUAAUGAAUCAGUGGGUUAGAUUAUUCUUAGAUAAAUGUUAUCUAAAAUAUACAUUUUAGAUGAAUUUAUUUAACUGAAGUGACUUGCGGCGUCACAAGAGUAGUUAUGCACUACUGGCAAGCACACAAAAGAAUUGUAUGAUUUUUGUACUACUCUUUCGAGUGAGAGAGGGAAGACAAAUACACAUGUCAGUGUGCGCCUUCGUUUAUGAUGAGACAUCGACACUGGCGCGUCUGUGUCGGUGAGCGUAUUUGUAAUUAUUUUGCGAUGAUGCAUUUACGGGAGGAAAGCAUUUACUACGAUGUAUAUAUACAUACUUGUUAUUUAAUUAGAAAGGUAAAGAUUCUACUUGUCUCUGGAAAACGGGACUGGUCCUUCAGAAUGUAAUCGUGUGAAAUUUUGUGAGCGAUGACGCUUCAUUGUGGAAAUUUCCUCAACCGAGGCGACAAAAUUUCCAGACUACUAUUUAUUUCUUUUCUACAUUAUAUCAUAUAUAUGUUACGCGCAAGUGUGUAUGUAUGUGACUACGAGCGGUAUACCGAAUCUCUCUUGAGACCCUAUUUAUUAUUUAUUUUUUAAUAGUAUUCCUCGGCGUUUCUGCGGGUGUGUGUGCGCGAGCGCAAUAUUUUGUACGCAUAAAUAUACAUAUAAAAUGACUUCCUUGUAAAAAAAAAAUAAUUAUUUAUAUCGGACUAUACGAGAAUACUUUCAUAUUCGCCUACGACAAAAUAACGGUACUUAAUUUAACGGAGUUAUAUAUAUAUUCCUAUUCUGAUAUUCAUACCUCUAACGUGUAUAAAAUUGUAAUAUAUAGUACCAGUGACCUUAGUAAGUAAAAAAUCACUGCGACACGUAUUGUCAUGAGAUAUGUGGACUCGUGAAAUUAUGUACAAUAUAAGAGCGAGAAGUAUUCCUUAUGCCAAGUCAAUUUUGUAUACAUAUGCGAGACUCGGGGGGGGUGUGUAUUUAAAAGUGACGAAAAGCGUCCUGCGCGACGGCUUUUGCAUUUUGUACAUGUUGUAUAAGCUCGGAUGGGAAAAAUAGUCAAUAUACCUCUAAUAUACGUA